GGACAUAUGCUGUGUUUGACCCCUAGAAAAAAAGCAUAGCAUGCACAAACAAACAUUACCGCUUUACUUUCUACAUAGAAACUAAAAUGAGAAGGAGGGCUUAUCGAGAACACUGACUGGCUGUCAUAGUGUAUGUGACAUCGCAGGUGUCAUGGAGAAUUCACGGGUAUCAUUGAUGUUCAAGGCGGUCGCGGUGGCAGCGAUCGGUCUCACCGCCACGUUAGUCAUGCUCGUUCAAGAUCCAUCAGACACGGUGCUCGGAGGGGGAUACCCAGAACUGUGGCGGAAAGCCGGACUGGCAGGAGCCCCUACGCGGGCGGCAGCCUGCAUACUCACGGGCGUGUUGCUCCUAGCGAUGGGCUGGUUGUACAGACUGUUAUUCGCUCCUCUGGAGCUGCUCCGCGGUGUGGAUGAGGUGGGGUACAUCGCGGAGGACGGGCGCUCUCGUGCCCAGGCUGCCAACGAAGUGCGGCGGCGACGGAAGACCGGAGAAUUACCGCCGGUUUAUCCAAACGGCUGGUACCGGAUUUUAGACUCUCACAUGCUGGAGAGAGGAGAUGUGAAGAGUGUGACAGUGCUGGGACAGCAGGUGGCAGUGUUCCGUGGGCAGGAUGGCAAGGCCUAUGUGGUGGAUGCUUACUGCCCCCACUUAGGCGCCAACCUGGCUGUGGGUGGGCGAGUCGUAGGGGGAUGCAUUGAAUGCCCCUUCCACGGGUGGCAGUUCCGUGGGGCUGAUGGGAAAUGUGUCAAGAUUCCAUAUGCAGAUAAAGUGCCUGAGUUUGCAAAGGUGCGGUGUUGGCCCAGCUGUGAGAUCAACGGACAGGUUCUGGUGUGGUUUCACUGUGACGGGCUGGAGCCCAGCUGGAGAGUGCCAGAACAGAGCGAGAUCACCCGCGGGGAAUGGGUGUACCGCGGCCGUACCGAACAUUUCAUUAAUGCACACAUCGAGGAGAUUCCAGAGAACGCAGCAGACAUUGCACACUUGGCUCAUUUGCACACUCCAGGUAUCGUCAGUGGAGUUGAUCUGCGCUAUACUAACAGCAAGACCUGGGAGUUUAUACGGCAUGACUGGAAGGUGGAGUGGAAGCCUGAGCCUGAGCCGAACAAGCACUGUUCACAGAUGUUGGUGAAACAUGCUCUCACUGUGUUCGGACGCCACUGGCCUCUUCUUGAUUUGGAUGUCCUGGCCAGACAGGUGGGUCCAGGUGUGGUUUUCCUGCUUUUUGAACACAGAUUUCUGGGUCGGGGUGUGAUUAUGCACUGCGUUACCCCAGUCGAACCAUUACUGCAGUGUGUAUCACACACCAUCUUCUACCAGAGUACCAUUCCUCCCCUGGUACCAAAAUUCAUUCUUCGAGCAGAAUGCAUUCAGUUCGAACGAGAUGUGAUGAUCUGGAACAACAAGACGUAUAUCUCCAAACCUAUGCUUGUGAAAGAAGACUCAGCCAUUCAGAAACACCGACGCUGGUUCAGUCAGUUCUACAGUGAGAACAGCCCGCGACUGCGCUACCAGCAUGACACUCUGGACUUCUGAACAUCAACUAUGCUUCAACCCAUAUGGGUUGCUUAAAGGCCAAUAUCAAUAUUUUUUUAACCGAAGCUGAUUAUUUUGUUGGUAUUUUUAAAAAAUAAUUAUGCAAAAAAUGCUAAUUAUGCAAAAAUAAACACAAUGCAUUUCUUGAGCAGUUCAUUGUUUCAACAAACAACAUGUGCAAAGACAAUAAUAAAGCAAAUGCUAAGUAAAAGUGCACUUGUAUUUGGAUAUUACAAGUCAAUAUCUAGAUAUUAUUUUAUGAUUGUUUUUAGUUUGUUUGCAAAAUAGUAGUGUAAAAGUGGGUGACUUGUUUUCUAUUCCAUUCUAAGAACGUUCUGUCCUUGUUGAAGUGCUUCAGACAAUCAUCUGUCAGUAAAUAACAGUUGUACAUUUCUAUCUAGUGUGCUGCUGAACUGAUUGCAGAAUUACACACUACAGCUACUGCAGUCUGGCUAGACUGCUGUAAUUGGGAUUGGACUGUUUGAGAGUCCUCUAAGCUUCAACAAACAAUAAGCCAAAGCCCAGAACUGCCUUUGUUCUUGCAGAAGCUCCAGGUCUUUUACACAGACCUGUUCGGUGGCACAGUAGACAGAAAUGUACAACUGCACUGUGAGCUUAGAUGCAAAAGGACACAAAGUUUCCAUCUUUACAUGUACCUUGAAUAAUGCAAGCGUGUUGUUCAGACAGAUAUAACUUUUUUAUAUUAAGCUUUGGCACAUAACUCACCCCACACUGUGCUACAGACAGGAUACCUAAAAAGAGGUGUGCUUUUACUUUCAUAUGUAAUUACACUUAGGAUGUUUGCCUGGUGAAUGAUAUAUAGGCCAAAAAAAAAAAAAACCUUCCCACAGACUUACAAUGAGGGUUCUUUUAACUUGAGGCAGCAUAGUUUUGUUUUUGUUUUUUGUUUUUUAUCUAUUUUAAAUUUUCAUUUUCUAUGUUUAAAUAAAAUAGAAAUUCAUGUAGAUAGAUAGAUUUAUUCAU